AACCUCUGCACUCUGGCAGACAGACAACUUCAGGGUGUGUGUGCGACUCAGAGACCAUAAGCAAACUUUUUGUCAAGCUCUUUUCAUCUUGGAGCUUUUUACAUUAAAUAGUGUAGAAAUUACAGCUGUUCUCUGACUUCAGGAUUAACACUCACCUUGCAGCAUGUGUACGGGAAAAUGUGCGCUUUGCGUCGGGACAAGUCUGUACCCGCUGGCGGUCAUCUCCAUAAUAUGUAAUAUUAUGCUGUUUUUUCCUGGCUGGGAUGUAAAGUAUGCACGGAAUCAACAAAUUACUGAGGAGGUCAAAUACAUGGGAGGACUAGUUGGAGGGGGGAUUCUGGUGCUGAUUCCAGCAUUGCACAUUCACCUGACUGGAAAGCAGGGUUGCUGUGCUAAUCGCUGUGGGAUGUUCCUGUCCAUUUUAUUUGCAGCAGUGGGUGUAGCUGGUGCCCUUUACAGUUUCAUAGUGGCACUGAUGGGUCUAAUCAAUGGGCCAUACUGUAAACAUUUCCUUAUUAUUUGGGGAACUCCCUUCAAAGACAGAGAAGAGAGUUACCUUAAGGACCGUAGCACGUGGGGAACCUGCAUUGAGCCAAAGAAUGUGGUGGAGUUUAAUGUGGGUCUGUUCUCAACACUGCUGGUGACCAGCGCUCUGCAGCUCAUUCUCUGUGCCAUACAGAUGAUCAACGGCCUCUUCGGCUGCCUCUGUGGAACCUGCAAAGAGAAAGGGCCGCUGUAAUCCCUGACUGCUCCAGACGCCAGAGAAAUCAUAUUCUCAUAACUAGCAUCUCAUAUAACCAGCGCCCUCUAGUGGAAGAUGCUAUCCGAACAUUUUUAUGAGUUUGUUUGUACUUUGUUUGCGUGCACUUCUUCAAAUCUCGUUUUCACCUAUUGAUGUUUUGGCUUAAUACUGUUUUUCUAGUAAAAGCUUAUGUAUAAUGACUUCCAGUGAGAAUAUUUUAAAGGAAAAUGGCUUUAAUUAAUGGCAUAACACUUGUUUUGUAUCUAUCUGUAUUU